UCAGUUGACGGUAAAGAUGUCCCACCCUAAAAGCAGGGACGUGCUGCCCCCUAUCAGUUGUGACAUGCCCCGCCCCGCCUAUCAUCAUCUCCAGUCAGUGUAGAGGAGCUGGGAGUCAGGAGCAGGAGCAGGCAGCAAAGAGUUCAGCGGCUCCCGCGUUCGUCCGACACUUAGCUAGAGCUGCUCCCCUGGCAGUGGAGGUGAUGAUGGCGGCGGCUGUAGAGAGAGGAGGCGUGCGGGCCGCUUUCCUGAACCAGAGCAGCGGUGGCGGUGGUGGACCGGCACCGACAACCCUCCCGACCGGAGCGUUAGCCGGGGCUGUGGUGUUGGGCUCCGGCAGCAUGCCUGUACCUAUGAACCUCUUUGCGACCUGGGAGAUAGAUCGAUCAUCCCCAAGCUGCGUUCCGAGACUCUGCAGCCUCACGCUGAAAAAGCUGGUCGUCCUUAAAGAACUGGACAAAGAGCUGAACUCCCUGUCUAUAGCAGUCAAAAUACAGGGUUCGAAACGUCUUCUCAGAUCAAAUGAGUACGUCCUCCCUCCCAGUGGACUGAUGGAGACAGAUCUGGAGCUCACAUUCUCACUACAGUAUCCCCAUUUUCUGAAGAGGGACGCCAAUAGACUGCAGAUUAUGCUGCAGAGGAGGAAACGCUAUAAGAAUCGAACCAUCCUGGGUUAUAAAACUUUGGCUGUGGGAGUUAUCAAUAUGGCUGAGGUGAUGCAACACCCGACAGACGGAGGACAGAUUCUGGGUCUCCAUAGCAACGUGAAGGAGGCGCCAGUGCGUGUGGCAGAGAUCAGCGUGUACUCUCUGUCCAGCCAGCCAAUCGACCAUGAGGACGGUAGUGGCCAAGCUGGCCGCAAGACCAAAACCUCAGACCGCUCCCCAGACAUGGAUAACUAUUCUGAGGAAGACGAUGACAGCUAUUCGUCAGAACAGGAAGCCAGUGAUGAUGCAGUUCAUGGCCAGGACCUUUAUGAUGAAGACGAUGAGGUCAGGAAGCCCAAGAAGCCCCGGAGGAAAAUGAUUCGAACCACCUCCAUGACCAGACAACCUAACUUUAAGCAAAAGUUUGUGGCCUUGUUGAAGAGGUUCAAGGUAACAGAUGAGGUCCUGGACUCUGACCCAGUUGACCAGACCCAGGAGGUGGAGGAGGAUCUGGACUUGCUCUAUGAUAGUCUGGAGGUGUACAACCAGAGUGACAGUGGGCCAGAGAUGGAGGACAAUGAGAGCGUCCUCAGCACACCCAAACCCAAACUCAAACCAUUUUUUGAAGGGAUGUCUCACUCCAGUUCCCAGACAGAAAUUGGAAGCAUACACAGCCAAAAAAGCCAGCAGAGAGAGCUGUCAUGUCCUAGUGGAGACUUUUUGACCGUGGACAGAUGUAAGGUGCAAGGGGCCCGGUAUCAAGAUGACAGCAUCACAGACACAACCACUGGGGAGCCAGAGCCUGAUGACAGCGGGACAGGGCUGGGGGAGGUGAGCAGCUGGGACGUCAGUACUGAACGGAUGACCAGCACUGUUGGCAAGCUCUGCAAAACAGAGUCCCAGAACCACAUGUCCCCCAGAGUGGAGAACAGGCUGCCGAGGCGUCCUCGCAGCACCUCCAUGAAAGACAGACAGAACUCCAAAGCCCAGAGCGACAGGACCAGCAGCAUGGAGAGCGAGUGCUCCCCGGACUCACGACUCAUUGCGCAGGUUCCCAGGAAGUCUGUUUACGAUCAGCUGAACCAGAUCCUCAUCUCUGACGAACGCCUUCCAGAGAGCAUCAUCCUCAUCAACACGAUGGAGUGGCAAGGACAGUAUGUAGCCGAGUUGCUCCAUGAACAGGCCCAGCCCAUUGUGUCCACCUGCUCUGCUGCUGAUGUUCAGGCCGCCUUCAACACCAUCGUCACUCGUAUCCAGAGAUUCUGUAACUGUAACGCACAAACACCACCGACGAUGAAGGUGGCAGUGGCAGGCGACCAGAGUUACCUCAGCACCAUUCUGAGGUUCUUUGUGGAGCAGCUGGCCAACAAGACACCUGACUGGCUCAGUUACAUACGCUUCCUUGUGAUCCCCAUAGGUUCUCAUCCCCUGGCAAAGUAUGUGGCCUCCUUUGACAGCAGGUUCAACAGCAUCUUUAUGGACACUGCAUGGAGGGAGCUGUUCUGCAGGACGGAACGGCCGGCCUCAGAUAACAUAGAUGUAGCAGGACGAGUUGUUCAGUAUCUGGCCGGUGCCAAUGUGUCCCACCAGUUCCCCAUCUCAGAAGCCAUGCUCACCUACAAACAGAAGAGCCCUGAUGAGGACUCCUGUCAGAAAUUUGUGCCAUUUAUUGGGGUUGUGAAAGUUGGGAUCGUAGAGCAAAGCCUCUCGACUUCAGUGGACUCAGAUGAUGCCAUGGGAGGCAACACAAGCAUCCUGUCCUCCCCCACACCCCCAUCGGCUGGUCCGUAUGGGAAGGAGAUUGGGGGAACCCCCCCACAGUCUCCCUCUGUGUCCACUUCCCUUUCUGGAGCUGGUUCUCCAUGUUCAGGCAGUGAAGUGAUGGGGCUCCAGGUGGACUACUGGACAUGGCAAGGCCCAGAAAAGAAGAAAGAAGGGGAGAAGAGAGACGUGGGACUAAAGAAUACCCUGAAGAGUAACUUCCGUUCACUUCAAGUGAGUCGCCUACCUUGUGGAGGAGAGCUCACCCCUCCACCCAGCAUGGCCAUGACUGUAGUCACCAAGGAGAAGAACAAGAAAGUGAUUUUUCUCAGCAAGAAGCCCAAGGAGAAAGAGCUGGACUCUAAGAGCCAAGUGAUUGAUGGUAUCAGCAGGUUGAUCUGUACAGCCAAGCACCAGCACACGAUGCUGAGAGUCACUAUCGAUGGUGUGGAGUGGAAUGAUGUGAAGUUUUUCCAGCUCGCUGCCCAGUGGCCAACACAUGUCAAGCACUUCCCGGUGGGCAUCUUUGGGUACACUAAGCCCGUGUGACCCAGGCCACCCUCCACCCAACCACCACCAGACUCUCCGCUGCACUUGUCUCACCGAGAGGCUACAGAGAAUUAGAGGAAAAGCCAACAGGCCCCCAGCAGUAAUAGUUUUCCUGUGGAAAUCUUGCUGACUCACAACCACGUGUUCAAUACACAAAUUUCAUGUUAAUGUCAAUUUGAUGUUUUGAUGUUGUUGGGUGUUGUUGUUUUCUACACACUACAAAAAGAACAAGUACUAUUUUGUAAGAUUUGUGCUACCGCCUCGGAGAUAUUUUGAGGUUUUUGACAAUUUGCCACAUUUCGAUAAUGGCAGCUGUGUUUGCACUUUGUUUGUUAACAUUUUAUUAUUUCUGUGAAAUCCUACAUUUAUUGUUACUCUAUAGACAAUGGAGGAGUGUGAUGGUGAUGUGCAGUGGCGUGUGUGAGAUUGUUUGAGACCGUGUUUGUGUUUGUUGUUGAGAGUUGGACUAUUGCUGUGAAUCUAGAUGGAAACCUUCUCUUCUAACUCAGUGCUCAGUUUUCUUACUCGUCCCUUUACUUUCUCAAAAAAGUACAUUUUUUAUAGAAAGGAACAGAAGUUCUUUUUGCCUCGUUGCUUUUAAGCACACUGUGUACCUAAAGCAAGUCAAAAAAAAAACAAAAAACCCAACUCAAUCAAGUUAUUUUUGAAGGUAGCUAUGAUGAAUGUAGCUAUGACACAUUUGUAACAUGUGAGCAGGUCAUCGAUCACUUUGUUAUUGUAAGUGCUGAAGAUUUUGUAUCGGUGUUAGUGUACAUUCAGACUGUACAGUAUCACCCACUUAGAAGCAGGGUAAAGACGACAAACAAAACAACAUAUUUCAGCUGAAUGCCAAAUUAGGUUGUGACGGUAUGAUCUGUUUUGUGUCAAGGUCCUGAAUUGUUUUUCACCAUUUCCCAGCUGCAGUUUUCGCCUGUGCUGUAAUUGGGCCUUGUCGGAGUAAUUUUAAGUUUUAACUGCAUUCAUUAGGCAAGCGUGGCCACCGUGUGUUCAGAUUGAGGUAAUGGCUUACCUGAGAGGACGUCUGACAGACCCGCAGUAACAUAACAAAUGCUGGAUUACUCCAGAUGUUUAGUGAUGUGCCAAAGUCGUAUUUGUUUUUCAGUCUAUUCCCCACAGCUCUUGAUGUGGCCAAACUUAAUGGUAUGUUAAACUGGAAACUAAAAUCAUACAUUUGUGGUCCCUGUGGAGAUCAGCAUUAAGAUUACUGUGUUAUUAGUCGUGACAGAUUUACCAGUUAGUGCUUCUCAUUUGGCCAAAUGUAAACGCAUUAGGCAUUUACAAGACGUGUGCUCAUUAUAACCAAGCAGUUACAGUUGUGUCCUCUAAUACAGCUUCACUGUGGUUAGACAUGCCAGUAGUACCAAACCUAAAGCUUACUGCUAAGUUGGUCAUUUAGUAUUGUGUAGGCCUGCUAUGGGAUAAAAUACAGAUGAAUUGGUCUGACUCGAAACGUGCUUAGACAGUAGUGUCAAGCACAAUGCAAGUAUUGAAUUGCUUUUAAAAUAAGAUGAAAAGUGUAUGGAGUCUUGCCAGAUGUCCAAGUCACUGCCUGUGUGUGUCUGUGUUGGUGUGCUAUAUGUUUGAUGGUACUCCCUGAAUAGUGU